GCGCUAGAUUGAAAAGGACACAUCUCCGGUCAGUCACCCUGAGCCAUGCCUUCUGCUGUGACAACGGUCCUCCUGAUGGGGGCGCUGAUGGGGGCGCCGGCCUUUGCUUAUGACACGGAGGGCGUGAGGAGGAUGUGUGCCGACAUCCAGCUGGAGCAAUGCGGCGAUGGGGAGUGUGGCUUUUACCGCCUCAAUGAACGAAGCUGCGUCAAGAUAUUAACCAUGGAAAGGGAUUUCCAAGGCGCGCAGAUGGAGUGUGAUGGUCUACAAGGCCAAGUGGUCAAAGUGCGAAAUGAGGAGGAGCACAAGAAGCUGCUGUGUAUGAUGAUGCGGGUGUUCCCGUGGCGACUCCACUACUGGAUCGGCGCUGUAAGAGGAAGGGAUGGUGCUUUCUACUGGGUGGAUGGAAGCGGACCCGUGAUGUUUGCUCCAUGGCGUGAAUUUCAGCCCGACAACCGUCACCGCGAAGAGGACUGCGUGUGGAUGAACUCUGGCACCUGGGGCCCCUGGAACGACGGCCCGUGUUAUGCUAGCAGUUCUGUGGCGUGUCAGAUCGCAAUGUGAUUGUUUGCUUCUCCGAGAGUCAACGGGAGCGGCCGCUCAGUUUGUCUACCGAUGAGAACAAACACACACUUACAGC